AUGAAUGGCGUGAUACCAACCACGAUAGACAAAUGCAGCGGCCCAUUGAUUCGCCCAGGCUCCGAAUCAGGCAAGCGGCUGGCCCAUGUUUCCUGCCCGCCCCGUGCUCAACGAACUAGCCGAUAUUUUCCCCUUUUCGCGUCUCCAGCUAUUUUCUUCUUCUUCUUCGUCUUCAUCAUCACCAUUACCACCACCUUCUUCUUCGUCGUCGUCUUCGUCUUUUUUGCACUUCCUGCCGUCACUGCUGCGCCAAUUCGAACCAUUGGCCAUUGUCCACCCUCUACCACCUUUCCCGCAGCUAUGGCUGAUGCUCCCUUGCCCAGAAAGCGCGGUCGCCCGCCAAAGCUCGACGCGACUGGAAACCCCGUCAAGAAGCCCGCUCAGAGCGAUGGACCCCCAAGGAAACGAGGCAGACCACGCAAGAAUCCCAGCGAUCCCCCAAAACCAGUCCCUGCUGGCCCAAAGAGAGGGCGCGGCAGGCCAAGGAAAGAUGAUCCGACUGCGCCUAGCAAAAAACCGCGACUGAGCACCGAUGCAGCCGCGACUACGACCACCACUAUCUCCUCCUCCUCCAAACCGGCACCAACACCGUCCAAACGCGGCAGACCCAAGAAAUCGGCUACAGAAGGGGCUGCCAAAGCUGUCAAUGGUGCAGGAGCCACUGGGUUUCUACUAGAUAAAAUAAUUGGCAUCUACUCGUUGGAUUGUAAGGAGGUGGAGGACAAUUGGCCGGACGACGCGGAGGAGAUGGAGCUUACGAUCACAAGGACGUCAGAGAGUCCCUUGGGGUUGAUUGGCGGGUUCAAUUUGGGUGUGAUUCAGGGCACGAUGCUGUUCGCGGCAGACAAGCGUACGUUGGACAAAUUCCGUGCCGUGAUGAGCAAGCGUGGUCGUGUUGCUGGCGGAGCGCGCGGUGGCAAUGGAGAAGGGGAGACCGGCAGCAGCGACGACGGAGACGAUAUCCCGCAUGCAGCGGGGCCCGCGCACGUGAAAGAUCUCCGCGUUUACUUCAGCUGGCGUGGGAGGUCGACAGGCGAGGGUGAAAUCCACACGGAGGAGGGAACGUCGCCGCAGGAUGGCUACCUCGUUUUCACGAGCGAUGAAGCCAUCACCUUCAAUGGCGUGGCGGGCUUCCCUGCUCUUGGCGAAAACUGCAAAUUCAAGGGAACAAAGAUUGACGAUGACGCUGCUGAUGCGCCGGAGCCGUGGACUUCGUUCUCUAGGCAGGCUGCUGAGGAAGCGGCUGUGAGGAGAUGGGGGUGA